GAUGUAAUAUUGUUGAAUAAACCUGUAACAAUAAGAAUCUACUGAGAAUGAUUUGUUUAAUGAGCGUGAAAAUGGCAUGAGUGAUAUGUCUGAAACCUGAUGCUGAGAUAUGCCGCUAGUCGGCUCAAUAUGAAGAAUAUUAGAAACCUAGUUCUCUUGUUCCAUCUACUCGGCUGUAUACAGGGAGCGUCUAUAGGAGAAGGAAUAAUGAAGAAAAUAGCCACAGGAAUACAAAACACAGUAUUCGAAGUGAAAACGUGCGGCAGGCCGGAGAUAAACAAUGUGAUGCAGAAUCUAACUCUUAAACCUGGGGACACAGCUAGUUUCCGGUGUACAGUUGACAUGAAAUGCCUUGUAUCCUACAUACAAUGGUAUCACGAGAUGAACAAUGGUACAAUGCGGCUUCUAAGGACUGCUCGGACACAUGGAAAUCCAUAUCAGUUUCGUAUUGUUGAUGUCAGUGAUAUGGAUGAAGGGUUCUACACGUGUAUUGCUGGAAAUAUAAUGGGAGAAACUGUCAGUUCAGCGUAUCUCGAGGUUAGCUUUGCUCCGAAUCUAAAUCAAUCGAACCUUCUCCUCCUUCUCCUUCUUCUUCUUCUCUUCUCUACAGAACAACCUGUGAUAAAAUAGAUCAAAAGCAUCAAGCAUUCUCAACACACUAGACUUAUUAAUUGGACUAAGUGGCAAAAGUUGAUUUUUGAAUGGAGCUUCCAAGGGAUUGGUAAACUUAAGAACAUGAACUUUUAAAUAGAUUAAUUCAACUUUUAACCGAAUAUACUUCCUUGGGAGUGGGACCCAUAACACUGUGGAAUAGAAAGACGAGUGGUAGUCAAUUAGUCUUUAGAUAUUAUUCAUUAUAAACAUGAAACACAGCAAACACUUGAAAAGCUGCUGAUAAACGCUUUGCUUUAUUAAAAAUCAAAUACACAUCAAAUUGUCAAAAUGCCUUCUUACUAUUCCAAAGUUUUUUGAGUCCCACUGUUUAUAGGAAGGAACGGAAGAAGAAGAGGGGGGGGGGUGUUGAAAUAUAGAAUCUUUAUAUUUAUCAAUUUUUCUGUUUUAUAUUAAAAUGUUUCAUGUUAUACCAAUUUUGCAAGAAUUUCCUAAAAAGCAAUACUUUUCAAAAGUUAUUUUUAUUAAUAAUCAAAUAGAAAAUGAUUUCUUCCUAAAAUAUUAAAGUUUGUAUUUUGAAGAAGCUUACACCAUUACAUGAACAGAAAAAAAAGAAAAUACCAUUUUGUAUUAAUUAACUGUUGUAGAAAAUUUAAAAGCAUUUUCAAAAUAUUUAAUUUUUGAGAAAAAUUUUGUUAUUAUUAUGGCUACAACAUAUGUUCAAAUAUAUCAUUAAACAUAUAAAUGUAUAUGUUUUUGUAAAUUGUAAAUUUGUAAAUUAUAUAUGUAGAAAUAUGAUGAAGUUUUUUUAUGAAAUUUUUAUUUAUGUUUUACACAUUGUACACAGGGAGUUUCGACAAACAUAGGAAAUCUGGAUUGAAAAAUGUCGUCUUUUUUACGCGGCAAUAUUUUGGAACCAGCGAACUAUUCAAAUUUCAUCGAUUUCCUAAAUGUGUCAGAACUCUCUCGGAUAGAAUCACAACAAACCCAUGAAAAAGAACAUUGUAAUUUUUGUAUUAAAUUAUUUUUCAGUAUUUUUAAACGGCAAACAUUUCUGUCACAUAUUUAAAAAUUGCAUUAAUGUUUUGAAUCAAACCUAGUUCUUAAAGGGACUGUUAGCGUGAUUAUCAACAUUUAAAAGCGUUCCCUGUAAUUAUUAAUAUUAAAAUUACAGGUGUUUUUAAGGGUUAUUUCGGGAAUCAUAUUAAAAUAAGUUCAAAAAAGAUUAUGUUAGCAGUCCCUUUAACUUUAAUAAUGAAUUUACUUUCACCCAAUCAAUAUGAUCACGAAUGUAUGUUUAAGGUGAAUAUCAGAAUGAAUGUUUAGGAUGAAUAUCAGAAUGAAUGUUUAAGAUGAAUAUCUGAAUGAAUGUUCAAGAUGAAUAUCAGAAUGAAUGUUUAGGAUGAAUAUCAGAAUGUAUGUUUAGGAUGAAUAUCAGAAUGAAUGUUGUUUAGGAUGAAUAUCAGAAUGAAUGUUUAGGAUGAAUAUCAGAAUGAAUGUUUAGGAUGAAUAUCAGAAUGAAUGUUUAAGAUGAAUAUCAGAAUGAAUGUUUGGGAUGAAUAUCAGAAUGAAUGUUUGAGAUGAAUAUCAGAAUGAAUGUUUCAAGGUCGGUGCUUUGUCGUAAGAGGUGCGAUUAUUCUUAAUUUUUAAAAGAUGUUUUUUUUUACAGGCCAGGGUUCUUCAGCGGGGCUUCAUGUAUUAAACAAGUAUUGUUUUGAUCAUAAAAAAAAAAUUUAAAUAUUCAGAAAAAAAGUAUAAAUAUAUCAUGUUUGUUAAAAAUGACAAAUGUUCAAAUAUCGAAAGUAAAUAUAUAAAUCUGCAAGAUGCUGGCUCUUGUUGCUUGAGUCUUGAGUCAAUCAAAAUUUACAGAUUUCUAUUGAAAAAAAGAAAAA